UUAACUUGAAACAAAACCUUAAACCUAUCCCGCAUAGCUACGGGUAAUACGUUUGUUUGCGCUCCUGCCAGUUAGUUUUCUCUGUGCGCCUCGGAACUUUUGGAGUCCGUGAUAUAAGAAUUUAAAAACAAAUGCCUACUAAUGUUUUCAUGGCGCUUCGCUUGUUUUGACCGCACCUGCGAUCCAACUCAUCAGCACUGAUCAAACAUCCCAGACCCACCGGGGGGGGUACGGUUGCUAAGCUACAGGAUCCAGUUCCGACUUCCAUUGGUCCUUUCGCAUCGCACCCGGCAAUCGGCCCAGUGUCAGCGGUUUGGGGAAACGCAACUGGCUCUCUAGCGCCUCUUCAAUAACCGGGCUAUAGCGUUUCGUCGUGGUUUCAUGGCAGGCUCAGGGAUGUCUAAGGGACAAGCGAAAACUGCUAUCAGUGGACAAGAGCCAGACUCAGACCAGGAGGAGGUCACAGAAGUGGUGUGCCUGGACUCUGAUCUGCAGGAUGGACAGAUGAAGGAGGUGGAGGUGGGGAGGCACAAAGUCCUGUUGGUGCGAAGCAAGGGGGAGUACAGCGCGAUCGGAGGCCUGUGCACGCACUAUGGCGCCCCCCUCUGGAAAGGGGCUCUGUCAGGGAACAGGGUACGGUGUCCCUGGCAUGGCGCAUGCUUCAAUAUUAAGACAGGUGACUUAGAGGAAUAUCCUGGCUUGGACAGUCUGCCCUCCUUUAAGGUGAAGAUUGAGGACAGUAAAGUGUAUGUGUCAGCUACUAAAAAGGCAUUGCAAAUGACCAAGCGCGUCAAGAAAAUGGGCUGCCGAAUGCCUGGAGAAUCUCACAUUGUGGUGCUGAUAGGUGGAGGCCCUGCAACACUGCUGUGUGCAGAAACCCUUCGGCAAGAGCGCUAUGGAGGACGGAUCAUCAUGGUCACCAGGGAGAACAUGCUGCCUUAUGACAAGACCAAGCUGAGCAAGGUCCUGAGUGUGCAGGACCAAAAUAUUCUCCUCCGGCAGACAGACUUUUUCCAGCAGUAUGACAUUGAGGUGUGGCUGGGGAAGGAGGCAACAUCAGUGAACACAAAUAAAAACGUAAUCACCUUUAAUGAUGGCUCUUCACAGCGAUACGAUCAGCUAUUGAUCGCCACGGGCUGCAGAGCCAGGAUACUGCAUUGCCCUGGUGCUGACCUGGACAAUGUGAGACUGCUCCAGACUCCUGAUGAUGCCACGAAAAUUCACCAGGAAGCACUGGGCAAGAACACAGUCAUCCUGGGCACCUCCUUCAUAGGUAUGGAGGUGGCAUCAUGCCUGUCUGACAGAGCUUCCAGUGUGACUGUAAUUGGCAGCAGUGAGGUCCCUUUUCAGAAGACCUUGGGCUCUGAGAUCGGGAGACUCACCAUGAAGAUGCUGGAGGAUAAGCUGGUGAAGUUCUACAUGAACGAAUCAGUGACUGAGGUCAAAGGGGAAGGUGGAAAGGUCAAGGAAGUUGUGCUGAGAAGUGGGAAAGUCUUGCCUGCAGAUAUCUUCAUUGUUGCAAUAGGUGUUAUCCCCAACUCAGAUUUCCUGAAAGAGAGCUCGGUGAAGCUGACUUCCAAGAAGACUGUCAUUGUGGACAAGUUUAUGAGGACCAAUGUCCCAGGAGUCUUCUGCGCCGGAGAUAUUGCCUCCUUCCCUCUCUCCCUGUGGAAAAAUGAACAAGUCAACAUUGGGCACUGGCAGGUUGCGCAAGCUCACGGAAGGAUUGCUGCCUUGAACAUGCUGAACAUACCAACGGAAAUCAACUCUGUUCCUUUCUUCUGGACAGUGUUGCUAGGAAAGAGCUUCCGAUAUGCAGGCUACGGGGAAGGGUACACUGAGAUUGUCAUGAAAGGCAAACUAGAAGAAAUGAAGUUCCUUGCAUUUUAUAUCAAGAAUGAUGAGGUUGUUGCUGUGGCCAGCUUGAACUUUGACCCUGCCGUUUCCCAGGUGGCUGAAAUGAUGGCAGCAGGAAGGACCAUAACAAAAACACAAGCUGCGUCUGAUGACCUGAGCUGGCUGAAGGUGGCCUGAUGUGCGACGAUGAUCUUUCAUUUAACGAGAACAGGGAAUGCAGUCCCUCUUCAACAAAGAGCAUUUUCUCUGCUGUUUCCCAGAUUCCCUGUCUUACGUUUGAGCAGCCUGGCAGUCACAGUACUGACCUUGUUUCCAGAAAUAGAGACAGUACACUAAUUGGGAAUUUUGAUGAAUUGUUAUUUUCUUAGCCUGCCUUGAUCUCACUGAUGACUGUGUCUCAUGAUGACUUCCAUCAUGGAUUACAGUUGUGAGAAGAGACAAGAAUGAUAUUAAGACAGGUUGAUUGUUCAGCAGCUGGUGUGAUCAAUGGUAGCCAAGAUAAGCCUAGAAACACAGUUUAACAAAAGUAAUUAAGACAGAGAACUUCAGAUUUAAACACUUGAAAACUGCAGGUGAUGCCCACUGUUCCUGGGACAGCCGUCGCAAACCCAUUGCAGAAAGAAAUUAGAUUUGCUCUGAAAUAUGGACAGAAAUGAAAAUGGCUGGAAAUGCAGGUGAAAAUGACAGAUGGAAGGCUAAGGGAUCGGACAGGGGUGGCGAAAAAAGCUUGUCAGUAAGAGACUGCUCAGACAUGAGGCAAGAAAUCCAUUUAGACACAAACCUUUGCAAAAGUUCUCCAUCUCUUUCUCCUGUUUACAAUGCCAGAUUUUUACAUUGUGUUCUACUUAGAAUGCAGAAGAAUCUUUUUCACUUUUUAAAAGAUAUGUAAUGAUUGUGUUUAGUUAUUUUACAUGCAGAAACAUUUAUAUGUGCUUUAUUUUUUAAAUACACAUUUGAGCUGUGUAAGCUUUGUCUCCUCAUCUUAAAACUGAAGUCCUGAUUUUUCUCUUAGCCCAAAAGGCUGUUUAUUAUUACAGCCCUUGCUUAACUUGACUCAUUGAUGUCCCUUACAAAUAAACAUGUUAAAAAGAGAUUUGUGCCUCAACUCUCAGGCAGACGGACUGAAAACGUGUCGAUGGGUGGAAGCAGAGGCUACAUCUUAAAAACAGGAAAGUGGGGCACAGACAGGUUUUUGUUAACAAAAAUACACCAGUGAACAAUCUUUAUAACAGAACUAUUGAAACCAAGAUGCUAUGAGCUCCAAAAAAGAAAAUGAUUUGUUGUGUAAGAAACCUAAUUGUAACUGUUUUUUGAUGCAACUAUAAAAUAAGCAGAGAGACAUAUUUAUAUUUUUGCACUAACUUUAAAAGUAAGGUAAGACGCUAGUGGCUGUGCGUUGUGUUUGAUUUAACUGUCGUGUGCCUUUAUUAUACCCAGUAGACGAUAUUUUUGUAAAUAAAUGGGUGCCCUCUGUCAUUUGUCUUACUUCUGAUACUUGCAUUCAACAUACCUGUUACUUCUUCCAUUUUUUUCACUGUUCCCAACAUCUCACCUGACACAUUGAAAUGAUAACAAAUUGGAGUUAUUAGGGAAACGUGCAGGGCGAGACCAGGAGAGAGGUCUUCACCCUUUUUAAAUGAAUCUUAGGGGCUUGAAAAGGACAUUCUAGGUCUCCUCCACAAUUAAUUGGAAACCUGGCCAGUGAUGGCUCACUACAACCUGGUACUAAACUAAGCACUUGUC